AUGAUAGGUAAAGGAGGCAGCAGCCGGGUUUACAAAGGUUACCUUCCGGACGGCAAGGAACUCGCCGUGAAGAUUUUAAAACCUUCAGAAGAUGUCGUAAAAGAGUUCAUUUUAGAAAUCGAGAUCAUUACAGCCUUACACCACAAGAACAUCAUCUCGCUUUUCGGAUUCUGUUAUGAGGAGAAGAAUCUUCUCCUAGUAUAUGAUUUUUUAUCAAGAGGAAGCCUUGAAGACAAUCUUCACGGUAAUAAAAAGGAACAGGCCUUUAGGUGGGAAGAGAGGUUUCGAGUUGCUAUUGGUGUUGCUGAGGCUUUGGAAUAUCUUCACAAUAGAGAAGGUCAACCCGUAAUCCAUAGAGACGUUAAGUCAUCAAACAUACUUUUGUCCGAUGAUUUUGAGGCACAGCUUUCUGAUUUUGGGCUUGCUAAAUGGGCAUCGACAACUUCAACUCACAUAACUUGCACAGAUGUUGCUGGAACUUUCGGGUACUUAGCUCCUGAGUAUUUCAUGUAUGGAAAAGUAAACGAGAAAAUCGAUGUUUAUGCAUAUGGAGUUGUACUUCUGGAACUUUUGUCCGGUAGAAAGCCUAUAAGCAGCAACUGCCCGAAAGGCCAUGAGAGCCUUGUUAUGUGGGCAAAGCCAAUUUUAAAUUCCGAUAAAUUCGCUAUUUUGCUGGAUCCCGACUUGGGCAGUAGUUAUGAUCAUGGACAAGUGGAGAGGAUGGUUUUAGCUGCCUCACUCUGUAUCAGACGAGCGCCACGAGCUCGACCACAUAUGAGCCUCGUUCGAAAGCUUCUCCAAGGGGAUGUGGAAGUGGUCAAGUGGGCUAGACUGCAACUGAAUGCUUGUGAAGGGUCUCGAGUCAAGCUAGACACGAAUUCAGUCGAAGGUACUGAAUUAGAAGACGAGACAUUUUCAAAAUCGAAUCUUCAAUCCCACUUGAAUCUCGCGUUGCUUGGUGUGGACGGGGAUUCUGCCUCGAUAAGUAGCAUCGAGCAAACUAUUUCUUUAGAAGAUUAUCUCAAAGGUAGAUGGAGCCGGUCCUCGAGCUUCGACUAA